GAAUUCUCUCCUUGAGACGGAAUCGCCAGAACACUUACCAUUCUUGUCCCUGCUAGCUUCACACAAUGGAAUUCCAUCAGUUCCCAAAACUACCAACUGAGCUGCGCUUCAGGAUCUGGAGUUUCACACUCCCCACUCCUCGAGAAUUUGGCCCCAUUGGACCAAAAGGAACAGAACCCCAGUCCACGAAAGACAGCACCUCAAAUCUAAAUGAGUCUGGAAAUAAUGCAUUUUUGGAAUUCGAGAUCCCAGCUUUACACAUCAACCAUGAAUCCCGCACUGUUGCUCUUCAACACCUCACACGAGCUUGGGACGACAACGCCAGCAAAGUGAUCUACGUGAACUACUCCCUCGACACGUUCACAUUCACCAGCAUCGACUACCUCCUACACCUCGUCCGUCGAAGCGGGCUCAUGCAUGGCGGCGGUCCUUUCCCCUCUUGUAAAGACAUGAAGAACAUGCAGAGGAUCAAGAUCACGUUUACGAUUCAGAGCCUGAAUUUACAUCUGAGGAUGUGUCUUGAGCGGGUAUUGCAGCCUUUCGAUGUGCUGAGGGAGAUUGUGGUUGUGGUGAAGAUGUCGUUUCAAGGGGAUGUGUAUAGGAGUAAUUCGAUUGAGAAGAGUGUUGCGAAGACCAUUACGGAUGCGAAGGGGUUUGCGAGGGAGAUUCUGGAAAAGUCCUGGGAAGGCAGAGCGGGAAAGGUCCCGAGGUUGGUUAUUGAAGAGCUGAGAGUUUGAGGACCAGGUACCUGUGUGUACUUAUAGACUGAGUGAUGAGUUCGGGCCCAUCAAUUGAAGGAUCUGGCAGUUCACGGCAUACAAAAAGUUCAGUGCUCAGCCCUGCCAUUCUCGAGAUAUUGCGAGCCCCGAAUGCUGUGUCUGCUGUUUAUUUUGCGCUUACAACAGCCUGUGGUCAAGUCCUCCCGUGAAGCCUUUCUCUGAAGCUGUCAAUAGACAAAGCCAAUCAUUUUCGCCAAAUUUCAUACCGACCUUUGUCCUGCUGUGCGGUCUUUUGAGUUCAACAGGACUUUUUGCCGAGUCUGAACGCGGGUGAUUUCUAGCAUCAACUUCCUCACCAUUGGCCAGUUGAUGAUAAAUUGUUGGGAAAUUCACCUAACCUCUACCUUUUCUACCUGGUUCUUUCCUAUUGACGCAAACACUGU